CCUUGUGCAUGGUUUACAAGUAGACGAUUGAGGAGGACUCCUGUGUCGGAUAUGUCCGAGGUGAGUGACUUGAACUUCAAAGGCAAGAUCAAAGAUUCCGCCAUGGAUAUCGAGAUCCUUUUCGAAUUCAGGGGUAUGAUGCAGGCGUAGUAUAUUGACAAUGUCCAGCGCUUGGCUAAAUACAAGGGCGUAUGGCAUGCUACACAACAGUCGAACGAACAGAGUGGCUGGCGUCGCUGAAUAGUCGGUACUAAGCUGAAAACCCCGACUGUCGUCCAUCUUCAUUUUUGGGAGGCCGAACAGAGCGUAAACAUGAUCACAGACGUCAAGACACUGAGCACGACCAAACUUGACGACAAGUGCGUUAAGCCUCUUUUUCGAGAUAUCAUCUUCUUUUCCCAAGCGGUUCAAUUCGUCGAGGAUAUCCCUUGCAUACCGGCCUCUCGGGGAACUGCCAAGUGCUAUAUCCCAACCUGUGAAUCUCCCAGGAAUCCCCCUGACGGUAGUUGUCAGUUUCCUGAAGGCCGACCAAGGUACGAACUCGGAGUCGCAGAAACCAAUGGCUCCCCUAGCAAGGAAAAUCCCCAGGAUAGUCCAAAGCCGUGUACAGUAAGAACGCCGAUAUACUGCAUCCGACUUCCCUCCGGUAGACUUGUGUAUAUCGAUCGUCUCCUGUUGCCCACUUGUACAUCGCUCAUUCGCUGCACUUGCGUGUUUUGCUCGGGGAUGUCUUCUUGGUUGAUGCAGAUCGCGUCCAAGAAGAACAAGCUGCCUCUUUCCUCGCUAUGAGCUAGUGUCUCUUCAUAAAGGGUGCAAGUUCGAAAGGACGAUUGUUGACAAAGAUUCUUCU